AUGGGUUUGGAAAAGCAUCAUGGUCUUGAGGAUGAUAAUUCAGAAUAUUUAUAUCAGCCAGAAAUACUGUUAAAGUUAGAUUUUAGCAAGAGUCCAGCUAAGUUUAAUCCUUCAAUAAGUGCUGCUCAGCCAGGUGAGGAUUGGAUGGUUGUGAGACCAUUGCAACGAGCUGAUUAUGAUAAAGGAUUUCUGCAGCUACUUAGUCAACUAACAAGCACUGGCAAUAUCACAAGAAAACAAUUUGAUGAGCGGUUUACUCAGAUGAAAAGUUCUGGAGGAUAUUACGUCACAGUAAUAGAAGAUAAGCGUAUAUCCAAAAUCAUUGGUGCUGCAACACUAACAAUUGAACAAAAAUUUAUUCACAAUUGUUCAGUGCGAGGACGCCUUGAAGAUGUAGUUGUUAAUGAUACCUACAGAGGGAAGCAGCUAGGGAAAUUAGGGAAGCAGCUAGGGAAAUUAAUCGUUGUAACAGUCUCGCUGCUAGCACAAGAGCUUGGUUGCUACAAAAUGUCGUUAGACUGCAAGGACAAGCUCAUCAAGUUCUACGAGAGUCUUGGAUACAAGAUGGAACCAGGCAACUCUAACGCUAUGAACAUGAGAUUUGAGGAGCCAUCU